AUGUCUCCAUUUGCAAAAGGUGAAUCAGGAAUUAUUGCAACUAUAUUUAAUCUUGCAAAUACAAUUAUUGGGAAUGGAACACUUGCAAUGCCAUUUGCUAUGUUAUAUUCAGGAUGGGGAGGAGGAUUAAUAUUAAUGACAGGAGCAUAUAUUUUAUCAGUUAUAACAAUUUAUUUUCUUACUAUUAGUUGUGAAAUUACAGGGAAAGCAACAUAUAAAGAAAUAUCAAAAGUUAUAGGAGGGAAAUUAUUAUCAACAAUAAUUCAAGCAAUAGCAAUGUUUUAUACUACAGGAACAUGUAUUGGAUAUAUUAUAUUUCUUGGAGGAUUUUUACCAUAUAUUCUCAAUACCAAUUCAUUUUAUAGUGAUCGUUCUUUUCUUAUUAUUAUUAUUUCAUUUAUACUUAUUUAUCCAUUAAGUUUUUCUAAAACAUUAGAUGCAUUAAAAUAUUUUUCAAUAGGAGCAGUAAUUUGUGUUACUUAUACAGCUAUUGUUAUUGUUAUAGAAAGUUUUACAACUUAUUAUUCACCAGAUGUAAAAGCAAUUAUAAUAAAUUGGUCAACAUUUAGAGGAUUUCCUAUUAUGACAGGAGCAUUUUGUUGUCAUUAUAAUAUAUUUAGAUUUUAUGUUGAAUUAAAAAAUAGAACAGUAAAAAAAUUAACAUAUAUUUCAAUAGUAUCAACAAUGAUUGCAUAUAUUGCAUAUGCAUUAGUUGGAAUAUUUGGAUAUAAAUCAAUGGGAAAAGAUGUACAAGGAAAUAUUUUAAUUUCAUAUCCACGAAAUGAUAAAUUUAUUGUAUGGGGAUGUAUAGCAUUUUGUUUUAUUAUGGCAGCAUCAUUUCCAUUAGUUCAUUUUGCACAAAGAUCAUUAUUAGAUGUAAUGAUUUUUGAUAGAUGGAAAGAAAGUGGUAUUAGAAGAAUUACUGAAAGUUUAAUUUUAGUUUCAUUUGUUAUUCUUGUUGCUGUUGCAGUAAAAGAUAUUGAAAUUGUAUUAGCAUAUAAUGGAGCUACAUUUGGAGUUAUGAUUGUAUAUGUUUUUCCAGCAUAUUUUGCAUAUAAAUUAACUAAAGGAUGGAAAAAAAUAAUGGCAUUAAUUGUUAUGAUAUUAGGAAUACUAAUAGGAAUAGUAGGAGUAAUUUUAACCACAUUAGAUUUAUGUGGUGUAUUUAAGUGA